AUGCCUCAUUGUAUUAUCCUUAGUAUUUUAUCAACACAACGAUUAAUAUCAAAUGAAACAAAUUUAAAUGAUAUUGAAACAACACCUAAUACAAUUUAUAGUUUAUUUUCUCGUCAUAGUCUUGAUUUAACAUCAUCAUUAGAAAUUUUAAUUGAACUAUAUGUUCAUUUAUAUAUCUAUCUGAUUUAUUUCCAUCAAUCAUAUUUAUAUGAUUUAUGUGAUGAAGAUGAUGUAAUGAUAUUACUAAUAAGUUAUAAUUUAUGUAAAUCUAGUAUAUUACUUGGACAAACAACAACAGAAUAUAAUGAAUUAUAUAUACGUUUAAUUGAACACAAUUUUAAAUUAACUAAAAUUCAUGCAUAUGCAUCAUGUUUAUUUUUACUUGAAAGUGAUGAAGCUGACUUGUAUAGUUUGUCAAUUGAUUAUCUUGUUUUAAUACUUGCACGUAUUUAUACAUUAUUACAACAAUCAAAUGAAAAUACAAAUUCAUUAAAUAAUGAACAUGUUAAUGAAGAACAAGAAAUAAUUGAUAGUUCAUCAAUAAUAUCAUCAUCAGAUAAUAUUCUUAUUGAACUUGUUGCAGAAUUAUAUCAACGUACUAAACAAUCAUCAACAUUAUCAUAUGAAGCUUCAUACUUUUAUUACGUCCAUCACCAUUAUUACUUGUAA